UAACAAAUCGGUGAAUUGAAUGAAAUUAAAUUCAGCGGCAGAAGAGAAAUAGAAAAACUAGGAGGAAACUGGGUUUACUGAUGUGCGAUAAGUACGUGGAGAGAUGGGGAAGCGGCGGUUAGGUUGUCUGAAGUUGCUGAAUUAGUUGUUUCUGAGUGUUGAGGUGAGAUAACGUCAGAGCCCGAUCCGCAGGGCUGAUAGGAGCAACCGCUCUGCAGCCUGCAGCGCAGAUAAAAGACCACUGAACCUCCUGAGGGCCCACUUUCACUCACCAGGCCCUAGAGCAACAGGCUGAGGACGGACUGCUGCCUAUUCAGAGACUCACCAUGGCCACAGAAGAAAACGGAGUAUCCGACAGGUCUUUCCUUGUGGGGAAGAAGACGGACCUCAUUGAGGCCAAACGUACCAACAUCACUGCGGGGGAUAGGGACCUUAUCGUCAUUCAUCACCAGGGGACCUUUUACGCAAUGGACCAGCACUGCUAUCAUGCAGGUGGAUCAUUGUUAAAUGGCGAUAUUGAGGAAUUUAACAGCAAGCUGUGUAUCGUGUGUCCAAAGCACAAGUACAAGAUCAGUCUGGAGGAGGGGGAGGGGCUGUACAAGGCCUGUAAUCCUAAAGAAAAAAAACCAGCAGCCCGCUGGUUUUCCAAAGGCAUAAAGCAGCGAGUGCACAAGGUGACUGAGGUGGAUGGGAACAUCUUUGUGACGCUGUCUGAAGUUCCCGGGUGGAUUGAGUCAGACUAUUACCAGACUGAAAAGGGCAGAGAAGAGCUGAAGAAAGCGAAGGAUUCAGACAAGGCUGAUGGAUCAAAAUGCUAAAUACCUGGCAGAACCUGAGGCGAGCCACAGAAUGCACUGGGAAACUGAAUAUUUAAGUAUUAAUGCUGAGCGUGAUUUAAAAAAAGAAAACAAAAGAAGGCAAUUCGUUUUCAACAGCUGUUGCCUUUUGCACAUUCUGUGUACAGUAUAUGUCCAAAAGUUUGUAGACACCUACUCAUCUAAAGUUAUGGUGAAAUCAAGAGUAUUAAAGGGCCCAUAUCUGGUUUUUACAUUUUCCUCUGAAGUCCACUUAUAUAAGUUUGUGUUCAGUCAGAAUUCAUUUUUACAUUAUUUUCCAGCCUCUCUGUUAAAAUUAAACAGACUUUUUUUUUGUUAUUGAGCUUUUAAGGCUCAUGUAUGUAAAUGGGCUCUGUUCUGAUUGGCUGCCCUGUAUUGUGCCUCUUAAAAAAAGCAGUCUGAGCUGAAACAUUUGUUGUAACUUCUGCAUGAAUGGGUGGAGC